CGCAAACAUCACCUGAAAUAUUACCCAAAAAAUCUCGAUAUUCGACGAUGGCUUCACAUGCCAAACCGUCAGGAGCAGAUACCUCAUACUGGAUAAAGUUUUUUACAGAAUGUGGUAUUCCACCAAGUGAAUCAACAAACUAUGCCAUCACAUUUACAGACAACAGGAUACAGAAAGACAUGUUAAUGGAUCUGACUAAAGAAUAUCUGACGGAAAUGGGAAUCUCAAUUCUAGGAGAUGUCAUAGCUAUCCUUAAACAUGCAAAAGCAGUACAUUCACAGUUAGCAAGAGAGAAAGCACUCCAGGGUACAAAAAACAUAUCAGCCACACCCAGACGACAGACAGCUGCUAGUAGGACUGUCAACCAUUACCUUGGAAACGAUCCAGAUGCUGGCCCAAUGAAUCUCCCUAUGGUACCUAAACUAUCUAAAGAGUUAUCUGCCCGUCUAGGUGGAGCACCUCCUGCAGAAGAAACUGGCCUUAGAAGUACCACAGUUAAAUUGUCCAAAAAGCUUGAAGAGGUUGUACCAGUCCCUAAGAAAAGAAGAGUCUUUCCAGAACAUGAAGGAAAAUAUAAGAUUACAAUGCCAUCAGGGAAGACACAGAAAACAAAGAAACUUUUAGCUAAAGCCAAGAAGACUGAUUCGGUAUUUGCUAGACUUGGUUCAGAAACAAGACAGGCCACAGUAACACAGUCUGGUCUAUUGAUUAGCUCCACAGCUGAGAGCACAGUGUUCAGUAGGUUGGGUGGCAAGCAAUCUUUAAAACGGGAAGCGACAUCAACAUCUCUUGACCUUGACUCUGAUGAGGAAGAUGAAGGAGGGGAUCAGUUAGCAUAUGCAGGAAUAUUUAAAAAUACUCUCUCACCUCCUAAAAAACCUAAGAUUCCUGUGAUGAAAAAGAUAACUAUUACAAAACAAGUCACUGCUAACGUGCCUUCUAAGAAGUUACCUGCUAAGAAGUUAGUAGCAACUGCAGGAAUCUUGUCAGAAGAUGCAGAAUUCCAGAUGACCACAGGAAUAAAGGAAAGAUUAGGCAAAAAGACUAGUCUUCAAGAAGUGUCAAGUACAACUGAUGACAUAGAUGCUACUAGAUCAGGUGCAGUUUAUAAUCGACUAGGGCCUAAAAAAGGCACCAAAGUAUCCAAAAAGCCUGCCAGUCCAGUUGGUGUAUUUGGUCGUUUAGGAAAACCAGUGCCAUCAACAUGAUCUUCAGUAUUCAGGAACAAAAAGGAAAUGUGCAAUGUAUAAAAGCCAGUACAGGUUAUAGCUAUGAUGGGAUUUGAAACUCAAUUUCUAAUAGAUUAAUUGAAAGAAUGAACUGGUUAUUUUAUUUGUACUAGAAGUGAAUUAUGAGGAAGAAAAAAUGGUGUAGCUUGUUACAGAUACUUUAUUUUUAUAAUAGCUGGAUAUGGACAUAACUGGUUAAAGGAUGAUAAUAUUUGUUAUAGCACUAGUCUGGGAUAUAACUUUGGUUUUUAUUGAUUGUUGAUUGAAGGGCUAUUAUCAACCAUAUUGAUGCUAGUGUUAGGCUUGACAUAGUUUAGAAUUUCCUUGUUUGGGUGCAAGCUUCUGCUGUCCUAUAUCAAAGUUCAUAAGUGAAUGACCAGUGAACAUGACUGUAUUAUCAGUGACUUAAUAUAGAUGUCCAAUUUUGAUACCUACAAAUUAUUUUAGCUAUUAAGCAGUGAAGAUUUUGGGCAUUCAGUUUUAUAUUUUUGAAUCAUUGGGCAUAAAAAAAAAAAAUAUGUUUAAAUUAACAUUUGUAAAGCAUUUGUAUAUUCUGAUUAUGUGUAUUUAUUUUGCACUGUUAAUAGAUGUUUAUGAUACUGUUGACAUAUUUAUUAGAUAUUAUUGACAAAGGGUUGGAACGAGUUUAAAAAUAGAUUGAAAUGGACUGCCAUAAACAUUUUGAGAUUGAAUUUUUGGGUGAAAUCAGUUUGACCUAUUAAGUUAUGAAGUAUGUAUAAUUAAUGCAUUCUUGUAUAUUAGAAAAUUGUAAAUAUCAUUACAGAGAACAUUCAGGUUAAGUACUUAUGAAAUAAAAUAUGUUUUGACUGA